UCCGCCUACCACGGCGUCAAGAUGGCGGCGUCUGCGGCACGCUCAGCGGCCCGGCGGCUUCUCUUGCCCUGGUCCGCCCGUCUGGUGCGAGCGCCCACCGCGGCGCAGCGGCGUGUGCAUGUUGGAACAGGGAAGCUCUCAGUUUCCAAAGCAGCAACAGAAAUAAUCUUAAAUGUCCCUGAAACUAGGGUGAGUCCUUUGGAAAAUGGCUUGCAAGUAGCUUCAGAAGACUCUGGACUCUCAACAUGCACAGUUGGACUUUGGAUUGAUGCUGGAAGCAGGUAUGAAAAUGAGAAGAACAAUGGAACUGCUCACUUUCUUGAGCAUAUGGCUUUCAAGGGAACAAAGAAGAGAUCUCAGUUAGACCUUGAACUAGAGAUUGAGAACAUGGGGGCUCAUCUGAACGCAUACACGUCCAGGGAACAAACUGUGUAUUAUGCAAAGGCUUUCUCAAAAGAUUUACCGAGAGCUGUGGAAAUUCUUGCUGACAUAAUUCAGAACAGUACCCUGGGAGAGGCAGAGAUCGAGCGUGAGCGAGGAGUUAUACUUCGAGAGAUGCAAGAGGUUGAAACUAAUUUACAAGAAGUUGUCUUUGAUUACCUUCAUGCCACAGCCUACCAGAAUACAGCCCUAGGACGGACGAUUUUAGGACCCACUGAAAAUAUCAAAUCCAUAAAUCGUAAUGACUUGGUGGAGUACAUAACAACACAUUACAAAGGACCCAGAAUGGUCUUGGCUGCUGCUGGAGGGGUCUCUCAUGAUGAACUACUUGACCUGGCGAAGUGCCAUUUUGGUAACUUGCCAUCUGCUCCGGAAGAAGGACUGCCACCCCUGCCACCUUGUAGCUUCACAGGUAGUGAGAUUCGGAUAAGGGAUGACAAGAUGCCCCUGGCACACCUGGCCAUUGCUGUGGAAGCAGCUGGCUGGUCAGACCCGGAUACGAUCCCGCUCAUGGUGGCCAAUACCCUGAUAGGUAACUGGGAUCGCUCCUUUGGAGGAGGAGUGCAGAAUUUGUCCAGUAAACUUGCUCAGAUUGCCUGCCAUGGUAACCUGUGUCACAGUUUCCAAUCCUUCAACACCUGCUACACUGACACAGGGCUAUGGGGACUCUAUAUGGUCUGUGAGCCAUCCACUAUUCAGGACAUGGUGCACUUUGUUCAAAGAGAAUGGAUAAGACUUUGCACAAGCGUUACAGAAAACGAAGUAGCUCGAGCAAAAAAUCUUUUAAAGACAAAUAUGCUGCUACAACUUGAUGGGUCUACACCAAUCUGUGAAGACAUCGGAAGACAAAUGUUGUGUUACAAGCGCCGAAUCCCAAUUCCAGAACUUGAGGCAAGAAUUGAAGCUAUUGAUGCCCAGACUAUUAGAGAAAUCUGCACUAAGUACAUCUGUGAUAAGCAUCCUGCAGUUGCUGCCGUGGGUCCAAUUGAACAACUUCCAGAAUAUAACAGAAUCUGCAGUGGCAUGCAUUGGCUUCGAGAGUAGGGAAUAACAAGAACUUCCAGCAUAUUUUAGCUUAAAAAAACCCGUAAAACAACAAAAAAUAUCCAAAAAACCAACUACACCUGUUUAAAACUUGGGAGCUGCUUUUGAGAAGACUGUGAUUCAAGAGCCAGCCCCUCCUGCGUGUCUGUAUGAUGAAGAAAGCAAUGGAAACAUGUACAAUAUUUGCAUUUUUAUUAUAAAACAAGGAUUGUCAGUAAGAGUCAUUUCUUGACUUUAGUAGCAUUCAUCACUUGUUCUUGAGCAGCUUUCUUUGCCUUGACCAUUUCCACGAGUUCCUGAAGAGAAAGUGGGGAGAAAAGAAACUUAACUCAAUAUGUAACUUGUGAACAAUGCUGUGGGUUUGAAUACUACAUAUAUUUACUGUGAAACACUCUAGUUCUCAACAUAACGAGAAGUCUACAUAGUUUAACACUGUAGAGCAAUUUUUCUUAGAAAUGAAUCAACUGAUGGAAGGUCAAUGCUCAUGUUCCAGGAACUUUACCUCCAGGAGGCUAGAGAUAGGACUUCACCCUGUGCUAGAGCUUGCUGUCAAACUACACGACAAAUUUCCUGACACUGACUUUGCUUCCCAGCUUCCAGAGCCACUAUUUUCACUGAGGAACAUUUAGUCCUUACUGCUCUUUUGGGGUUGAGUUACCAAAAAUAAGCAGCUUCCCAUAAGGCUCCAUCAUUUUGCCUACGUCAGAUACUACCUCUGGGAGGCAAUGGAACAGUAAAAUUAAAGGAUUCUCUCAGAGAAUCCUGAACUAAUCCUGAAGACCUGAACUAGUGCCAGUCCCAGGAGGAGGUGAGGGACUUUACCUUAUAUCGCUUCAUGCAGUCUUUUUUUGACCGGCCUGGUACAGCUGCUGCUAUUUUCUCCCAUCUUUCAGGAGUAUUUACUGGAUAAGUCUUCAAUGCUUGUUCUAAAAGUUUUUGUUCUUCUGUAGUCCAAGGGGAUGAAUCUAGAGGUGAUCCUGUUUUUAAAUGCAAAAAUGAGCAGGAAGAGAUAUUUUUAAAAAAGUCUAGAAAAUAUUGUAAAACUUAUUAUAGUUGAGUUAAAAUCCAUGCAGUUUUGGGGUGUAUUGUGUGUACCAGAAACCCUCAAAUCUGGGACCAGAGCCUGGAUGACUUACUUGCUCUGAAAGUUUGUAAACAAAUCCUGAUUAAGUUCUGGGUUACUUUCUUUCUAAGAGACCCAGGGGAAGCAUGUGUACAAGAAGGGCUCCCUUUUCAUCUUUACCUUCAAAUCGUUCUGAGGGGGCAGCACUGUCCAUUUGAGGCACCACACCAUGUUCUUUUUUAAAUUUGUCAAAUGCUUUCUUGUUUAUGUCAUCUUUUUGAUGAGGGUCUAUGAGCAACAGACAUUAAAGAGAAUAAUUAUUGCAAGAAUAUUAAAGCCAGAUGUAAUAAUAGUAA